UUUUAAAUACUGUCAUAGCAAGCCCUUAAGAAAAUGCUUCACAGCUGCAUGUUUACACACUGGCUUGUCCCUGACUGGCUUUGUCUCCAGCAUGUACAGUUGUUUCUGGAAUGCACAGUAGCUGGAUUGCAGCCCUCCAAUCAUGCAAAAACAGACUGAGGGUUUGGAAAUGCUGCUCCAGUCUGGUUACAAUGUUGCUCUUGAGGAGUCUGGCGCUAUAGGGAGUCUGAGAAUUCCUUUUUUGAGAAACAGCCAAUGGAACCACACAGACACACUGACAUUAAGACAUUCUUUCUCUAGAUUAUGCAGCAUUAUUACAGAGCAAGGAGAAGCCACAGGCAUGAAGUACUCAAUUCAGCCCUCUGCUGAAGGACAGGGUGUUCCUGAGGCUUAAGUAGGAACUGGCCCAACAGGGACAGUUUGGUUGGGCUGAUACCCGGAGGCUACUGAGAGGUGUUGAUGCCUUCCUGAGCUCUGCUGAAUACCUCCCCAGCAUCAGUCCUCCCCCGACAUCUGGCAGAAACAGCAGAGCCAGACAGUAGGGACCACACUGGAGGGUGCUUUUCCCCACAGAUGCAUACUGAAGUGGAGACAAAGUCUUCAGCUGCAAAUGACCUGGAUUGCUGUUUCACCUAUCACAUGCAUCUAAUCUGACUUCAACAAUCUACAGGAGAAGGCAGAACUUCAUAUUUACAUUUUAUUUGAGUGGUUUAUGAAGAAGAGUAGAGGAAAACUGCAAAGAAUGGCAGAAGUAGACCCUUGAGGAUGGAGGAGAGUAGGGGAUGAUGGUGUGGGAGGGAUGGACUUUGCAGGGAGUUACACAAAGUUUGGAAAAUUACACAGAAUACCAGAAUCGCCACUAAAAGAGAGGCGGGGCACCUAAAUAUAUUUAUUAGACAACAAUUCUGAGAAAUUGGUCAUCACUAAGGGUAGGACAGCCAAUUGAUGCAGUCAAGAAGGGGCAGGAAAUAGGGCGAGCUGAGUUAUGAAAGCCAUUCUCAGAAAUGACCCAAAUUUAUACUGAGCUGUUGUUCUUGAGCAACCUUGGGGAAAAUUAUCACAGAGUCUGCUUUUCCCACAGCCUGAUGUCCAAGGGGCAGAUACGUGUGGUGGGCUUGCUGGAGAAAUAGGCUCUUCUCAGGUGAGAACAGCAUCCUUCCAAUCUAGAGCUCCUGGCUCCAGGAAGUGGUGGUGGCUCUGCCCUGGUGCUGUUUCAUUAGUAAAGGGUGGGGUGGUGGAAAGUGCAGAAAAGCCAGGACCCCUGACACCAGCAAGGCAUUGGAUCUCUCUGGAUCUCCAGGGUGAUGGACUUUGGGAUUGGACAGACCUGGUCACAGUCUAGGUUCUACGUCUUACUGGUCGGGCAACUUUAGAGACAACCUAUUUGAUUUCUUGACAAGACCACAAUCUGAUCCCAAAGAUGUGCUCCACAAACCCAGGCAACUGGGUCACCUUUGAUGAUGAUCCUGCUUUCCAAUCUUCUCAAAAGUCAAAGAAUUUUCCUCUGGAGAAUCAAGGUGUCUGUAGACCAAAUGGACUAAAGCUGAACCUUCCUGGCCUCAAGGAAUUUCCCAGUGGAUCUUCCUCCACCAGCAGCACCCCUCUCUCCUCCCCCAUUGUAGACUUUUAUUUCAGUCCAGGACCUCCAAGUAACUCUCCUCUUUCUACACCUACCAAAGACUUCCCAGGUUUUCCUGGCAUCCCCAAAGCAGGGACUCAUGUGCUUUAUCCUAUUCCAGAAUCAUCUUCAGACAGCCCACUCACAAUAUCAGGAGGAGAAUCUUCCUUACUGACUACCGGACCAACAUGUUCAUCCCAUGCCUUGUUGCCCAGUGACCACUCAUGUACACAUCCAGCUCCCAAAGUAGGUCUUCCAGAUGAAGUUAACCCUCACCAGGCUGAAAGCCUAGGAUUCCAAAGUGAUGAUCUCCCCCAGUUUCAGUAUUUUCGAGAGGACUGUGCUUUUUCAAGUCCAUUUUGGAAAGAUGAAGGCAGUGAUACCCAGUUCACCCUUGACCCAUCAGGAAGCAAAAAGAUGUUCUCAUCAAGAGACAAGGAGAUGCCUAAUGAUCAAAAAAGCCUAAAUAAGUGUUCACUCAACUAUAUCUGUGAGAAGCUUGAGCAUCUCCAGUCAGCUGAGAACCAAGACUCACUUAGAAGUUUGUCUAUGCACUGUCUAUGUGCUGAAGAAAAUUCCUCUUCCUUUGUCCCUCAUGCACUCUUCAGGAGUCAGCCAAAAGCUGGAUGGUCUUUCAUGCUGAGAAUUCCUGAGAAGAAGAAUAUGAUGUCUUCCCGGCAAUGGGGACCAAUUUUUCUGAACGUUUUGCCUGGAGGAAUUUUGCAGAUGUAUUAUGAGCAGGGAUUAGAAAAACCUUUUAAAGAGAUACAGCUUGAUCCAUACUGUAGGCUUUCUGAACCCAAGGUUGAGAACUUCAGUGUAGCAGAAAAAAUCCAUACUGUGAAGAUUGAACAUGUGUCUUACACAGAAAAAAGGAAAUACCAUUCUAAGACAGAAGUAGUUCAUGAACCAGACAUAGAGCAGAUGCUGAAGUUGGGGUCCACAUCGUACCAUGACUUCCUUGACUUUCUGACUACUGUGGAGGAGGAGCUGAUGAAGUUGCCAGCUAUUUCAAAACCAAAAAAGAACUAUGAGGAGCAAGAAAUUUCCUUAGAAAUUGUGGACAACUUUUGGGGUAAAGUCACAAAAGAAGGGAAAUUAGUUGAAAGUGCUGUGAUAACUCAAAUUUAUUGCCUCUGCUUUGUGAAUGGGAACCUGGAAUGCUUUUUAACCUUGAAUGACCUUGAGCUGCCGAAGCGAGAUGAAUCCUAUUUUGAGAAGGACUCAGAAAAAAAAGGGAUUAAUAUUCUUGACUACCAUUUUCAUAAGUGUGUGAAAGUACAAGUAUUUGAGCAAUCAAGAAUCAUUAAGUUUGUGCCUCUGGAUGCCUGCCGGUGUGAGCUGAUGCGUUUCAAGACUUUGUAUAAUGGAGAUGAUCUUCCGUUUUCCUUGAAGUCUGUAGUGGUUGUCCAGGGAGCAUAUGUGGAACUUCAGGCUUUUGUCAACAUGGCCCCAUUGGCGCAGAGGUCAUCCCAUGCUGGUUCCUUAAGGUCCUGUGACAAUAUAAUGAUACACUUUCCUGUCCCAUCGCAGUGGAUCAAGGCCCUUUGGACCAUGAAUCUCCAGAGGCAGAAGUCUCUGAAAGCCAAAAUGAACCGCCGGGCCUGUCUGGGGAGUUUACAUGAACUUGAAUCUGAACCUGUCAUUCAAGUCACUGUGGGGUCAGCAAAAUAUGAGAGUGCCUACCAGGCAGUGGUAUGGAAGAUAGAUCGGCUUCCAGACAAAAAUUCAAGUCUUGAUCAUCCUCAUUGUCUGUCAUACAAAUUAGAGCUUGGAUCAGACCAAGAAAUUCCCUCUGAUUGGUAUCCAUUUGCUACUGUUGAGUUUUCCGUGCCUGACACCUGUGCCUCAAAGACAGAGGUCAGGUCUCUGGGGGUGGAGAGUGAUGUCCAGCCACAGAAACAUGUUCAGCAGCGAGCUUGCUACAACAUCCAGGUUGAAAUAGAAAAGAAGUGGAUUAAAAUCGAUGGAGAAGACCCAGAUAAAAUUGGUGACUGCAUAACUCAGUAGGAGUAGCGAGAGUUUAUGAUGACAGCCCACUUGUCAAAUACGUAAUUCACCGACACCAAGUCCUGCUACUGUAGAGUGGAAAUGACUUCUGAACAGUGGUUUUAAGACAGGUCUGAUGGCUGUGUUUAGAGAAGUUUAGACCUAAAACUGAACAAUCUGUGUUUUAUGCUUUUCAUAUGUUUUUGUCCUAGGGGUUUGAUCUAAAAUGUUUCUAUAAUUUGUGUGAUGUUUUGCUUCCUAUUGAAACUCAAAGGCACAGUUACUCAUUGUGUGACCCUGCAGCCAGUUUGAUUUUUGAUUACUCAGUGGCUGAUUAUUUUGCUCCCUGGAUUACUGAGGUGCCGUCUUUAUUUUUUCCCAUCUCUUCUUGCUGGUUAGUGCCUGUACUAGAGGGUGAGGGAAUCAAAGGAGACAUACACCAAAAUACUUAAUUUUCCCUCUUGCUUGCCUCUGAAAUGUGGCUAGGUAUAGAAUGAUGUUGAAACUACAGGCUAAAAUGUAGAUUUGGAAGUAUCUGUGCUUUUGAAUUACUUAUUUUCCUGUCCUCUUACCACAUUGGUAAGUAAUAAUUGGCUAUAUUUGGUACCUGUCUCUCUCCUACUGUAUUGUCAUUUUCAAAAUGUGUUUGUAUUCUAGUGUGUGCUGCAAAGAAGCUAUUUCUGUUGUCCUACAUAUUUUAGUAUAAAUCACUAAGACGUAUUUCCUUUCACUUGGCAGGAUUCCUUUCAAAAUGGAAUCUGAGUAUUAGACACUAGUUAAAAUAUUUAUAGAUAUUAAAGAUGAAUUUUUAAAAUUUAUAAAUACUAUUUUCCAAAAGUACAGACUCUAAGGAUAUAUUUUGAUAAAGUAUUAUUUGUAAUGAACACAAGCCUCUCUUGAGUAGAAGUCUAAAUCACAUGAUGAUUAUUUUAUACUAGUUCUGCUAUCAUGCUAUUUUAUGCUAAUUCUGCUUAUUUUGGAGUAUUUUUCAUUAAGGUGAGCAAAGUGAAAGAUACUUGGUACUUUACCCAGAUUUCUAAGAGGCAACAUUUUUAUUCUUCAGAGUCAGGUAAAUGACUAUAAAGGUUUGGUUUUUAAUGAAAAGUCAAUAGCAUUAGUAGCUAUAAUUCCAUUUAUAAUUUCCUUUUAGCAUUUACAGUGAAAAGUGAGAAUUUUAAAAUGCAUGGGAUCUAUUUUCCAGAUUUAUUUUUAGUCUGAAAAACAAACUCCCCCAUGUGGUAUUAAUAUGCCUUCAAUUUAUGUUGAAUCUUAAACAUAAUUAGGAGAUUUUUUUUCUAUUUGCUAGAUUUGUUUUGAGUCAAAACUGAUUUAAUGUUCUUCCAAACAACAUUUAUGUGUUGGCCUACAGAGUUUAUUUCAUGUGUUUUAUUUAAUAUUAUGUUACAUCCAUUGCAAUCUGUUCAAAAACAGAUUAAGACAAACAUUUAUGAUGGUCUGUAUCAAUCAGCAGAUUUUAUUGCUUUUCAUUAUUUUACUCUAAAGGCAAAGGAUGCAAAAGGUGAUGGUUGGUUGAAAGGAAUUGCUAUUACUGUUUUUAUUUUUUACUUUUUUUGAAACAGAGUCCCAUUCUGUUGCCCAGGCUGGAGUGCAGUGGCAUGAUCUUGGCUCACUGCAACCUCCGUCUCCUGGGUUCAAGCGAUUCUCCUGCCUCAGCCUCCCAAGUAGCUGGGAUUACAGGUGCAAGCUACCAUGCCUAGCUAAAAUUAUUUUGUAUUUUUAGUAGAGAUGGAGUUUCCCCAUGUUGGCCAGGCUGGUCUCGAUCUCCUGACCUCAGGUAAUCCGCCAGCCUUGACCUCCCAAAGUUCUGGGAUUACAUGCAUGAACCACCAUGCCCGGCUGCUAUUUCUCUUUUAAACUGCAUUUGAUGCCUUGCUUAUGAUAUCAUAUGCUUGAGGCUCACUGUUGAUAUAGAGUAGGGCAAAUCUGUGUAUGUCAUUUAAAAAAA